AGUUGAUGACAGCAGCCCUGGAAGUGUGUUGAUAAGGAAAGGUGAUAUCUCUAGAGUGGUGGAGGAUAAUGUGUCGUGUUAUUGUUAUAAUACUGAUACUAUCAGCAGUGACUGUUGGGCUGUAUACACUGGGAGCUAUUGGUCCCUCUAUUACUGUCAGUGAGGAGUUUGGUUUAAAAGACUGUGACAUAGCCCUCGGGUCACUGGGGUAUCCCUUCAUUAGCACUGAUAGCUGUGAGGCUAAUGGCGGCCAGCUCCUGUCGGAGAACUACAGGGACACUGUCCCCAGUGACAGAGGGAGGCACCUCUACUACCUGACGGUGCCUGUUAAGAGAACCCACAGGAUCAUGUCCCGUUGGUAUCAGUAUCUACUAGCUGAUCUCAACGUUGUACUCAAACCAGAUUACAUCAAAAAGAUGAAAGAGGCAGGUCCCAGCCUUAUUGUGUAUGAGGUUGCUAUUGGUUACCGUGACGACAGUGAAUCCGAUUGGCAGUUGCUCAGUUCCGGUAACAGCAGUAGGAUACUGGAGUGUGUCCCCAAUGAUUGGGGUGUGUUGAUUUGCGAUCAUUUUCCACUUUUUGAGCUCUGGAGUGUCUACCAUAAACACUACAUCAUUAAUAUGCGGUUUCUAUGGUUACCUAUUGUUAGUGACUAUCCAACUGAUAAUUCGGUCAUUAAGGAGAUGUCAUUAAUGGAGAUUCAUCAGAAUCCUCAGUUCACUUAUGUCUGGUUUAUUUUAAAGACAGUGUUCUUUUCUCUUUCCUUCCUCUCAUUUGCCUAUUCUUACAAUAAAAGGAAACUCUCCCUCUACCACAAGUCCCUGCUGGUCCUUAAUGUCAGUCUGUUGUUUUUUAAUAUGCCAGUUGAGUGGUUCUCAUUGUUGAUUGAUGUUCCAUGGAUCACUUUACUGAAUGAUCUAAGACAAGGACUACUGACUCUAGUCAUUAUGAUAUUCUGGACACUAGUUAUCAACAACCAUGAUGUACAGGAGAGUGGUAUUCAGUCGGUAAUACAUUCCCUAGUCUUUGCUUCCUUGACUGCUCUUGGUCUCUUAGUCUAUGAACUCUGUGAGAGGGGCAUUCAAGUGUUCCUUCCUUUUUACAGUCUGUGGGGUAGCAGUUAUGGGCGUGGCCUCAUUUAUGUAUCUGUAGGUGUGGCCAGUAUAUCUUGUAUUUUGUAUAUUAUUUCGCUGGUUAUUAAUUUUGUUAAAAUUAGAAGAAAGAUUCAUAAUAAAUUGGAAGGAGUGGCCAAUUCAAACAAGGGUAAACUGCUGCAGGGUCUAAAUGAGCAUUUGUUAAUUACAAUAUUCACUGCUGUUGCUGGUCUCUGUGGAUAUAUACUGCCAGUUGAAGUGUUCCUCCUUCAUGGUUUCCAUGGAAACACUGAUCUUUCCUUAUAUGGUGCUAUUACUGUUGGUAAUUACGGUCUGUGGAAUUGUUACAUAUUCAUUGUAACCUUUCUCUCAUCAUCUACUGUCACUGGAUACAAGAUAUUGUCAGCCAGUGAUGAAUAGUGAAACAAUCUCUUGUUACAUUAACACUUUUGAUAAUUGUAGCUUGAUGACUUAUUUUUGAUAAUGAAAAUUAAAAAUCAAUAUACCUUAAA